AAUUGCGCCCAUAAAUUAUUUUUGCCACUAUCGGAAAAAAAAGCAAAUAAACAAAGUAAUAUAAAUUAAAUAACUUAAAAAAUCUUGAUGAUAGAUAACAAAACAUAAAAAAUAAUUUAGUUUAUUAUUUGACACUCAACAAAAUGCAAGCUAAUGUAAAGGAAACUCCCCAAGAAGAAUUAGAAAAAUUGGUCAUAGUCACCGGCUUUGGACCAUUUAUAGGCCAUGAAGCUGUAAAUGCUAGCUGGGAGGCGGUACGCUUACUGCCCGAUGAAAUUUUCCAUCAAAAUACUGCCUACAAAUUGGAAAAAUUAGAAGUACCUGUUGAAUAUGAGGCAGUAGACAAGGCUGUUGAAGACAUCUGGUCACGACGUCCCACCUUGGUUAUACACUGUGGAGUACAUGGCAUGGCUACUUGUGUUAAUGUAGAGAAAUUGGCCUAUAAUAAUAAUUUCAAAAGAGCCGACUAUGCCGGCAAACACUUGCCCAAUGCUAAGGCCUGUUUGAAAAAUUGUCCAGCCAAAAAGUCCGCCAUAUUUUGUAAAUUAAAUUUGAAAAAAAUUAUAGAAGUAAUAAGUGACAAUUGCGGCUGCACACCGGAUUAUCUAAAGGAUGAUAGUAAACCCAAGGAAUCUACUAGAAUUGCACGCAUAUCCAAAGAAGUGGGUAAUUAUUUGUGUGGUUAUAUUUAUUUGAAAUCUCUGGAUCGUGACUGCUGUCGUACACUCUUUGUACAUGUACCACCUUUGGAUAAACCCUUUAGUGCUGAAAAACUAAGUGAAGUCGUUUUGAAAAUAACUGAGGAAUGUUUGCGACAAGUAUUGGAAGAAGAUUUUAACGCUCAAUGAACAUCAGGAAUGGACUUUUGUAAUUCAACAGGUUAUUUGAAGAUUUUCUUUGCGUUGCUGUAAAAACCAGAGAAACUAAAAAGACGAACAAAAAUGUCUGCCGUAGAUUUAUGGAAAAGGAAUAUUACCUUCAAGUUUUGUAAUAAUUAACAAAAUAAGCAAAACAUUCACUUAUUUUAAUAGGAAAUUUCUUUGGAACAUGUCUAUUUUUGUUAUUUGUAUUGUUCCUCUAAAACGCCGUUCAGUUUUUAUCUUAAUUUGAACAAUAAAAUGUUGUAUUCAGCAAGAUAAGGAAAAGUGUGCAGUUAAAAACCUUUUACAUUCGUUUUAUUUCCAUUAAUUUUUACGCCUUAACUUAUUCUCUGCUUUAUAAACCUUAAUAAAUGAUUAUUUUAACAA